UCAUUAAUUGAUUAGGGAAAAGAAGUUAAAUUUCUUUUGAUAUAUAGUCUUGGAGUAAGGUCGGCAGAGUUUUUGAGUCCAGACUUGAGGAAAACAUUAUAGGCAAAUAACAUCUUCCUGCUGAUUAAGGGAAUGGACGAUAAUUCACUGGGGGAGCUAACUCUUCCCGGGUUCCGUUUCCAUCCUACCGAAGAAGAACUUGUCAGCUGCUACCUUAAAAGAAUUGCAUCCGGCAAGAAAUUACGUUCUGAUAUCAUUGGCUUCCUCAACAUUUACCAUCAUGAUCCUUGGGAGCUACCGGGAAUGGCUAAGAUGGGGGAGAGAGAAUGGUAUUUUUUUGUGCAUAGGGAUAGAAGGCAUGGUCAUGGGGGCAGGCCCAAUAGAACUACUAAAGAUGGGUUCUGGAAGGCAACUGGGUCGGACCGUCAAAUUAGAAGCACAUCUGAGCCCAAGAAAGUUUUGGGUCUGAAGAAGAUUCUAGUUUUCUACAAAGGCCGUGCACCACGAGGGUCCAGAACUGAUUGGGUCAUGAACGAGUUCAGACUUCCUGAACAUCCUUUACCUAAGGAGGAUGUGGUACUUUGCAAGAUUUACAGAAAGGCAACGUCAUUGAAGAUCCUGGAACAUAAAGCUGCAAUGGAAGACAUUAUAUCAAAAACACUUGAACCAAGUUUAUCAUCUACUCAACCUCAAGAGGGAAUCCCAAAGGAAAACUUGGCAAAAUCAUUAGCACAAAACCAAAGCAUGACCAAUCUUCCCUUGACAAAACAAGAAGAUGAUGACCUCUUUGUUCUUAAUUCACCUGUUAAAUUUGGUUGUCUAAAAUACAGUAAUGACUCGAAGGAGUUACGAGCACUGGAUGUGCCCAAGCUUAGCAUGGAUGAGACUGCAGAUGCGUUUUGGACUCCAAUGAGAAGUCCGUGGCUUGAAAAUUGCAGCCUGGAUGCUUUUGCCAGCCUCCUUAACUGCUAACUCCAGUGCUGAAAAUCCAAGUUAAUGUCCGCGGAAGACUGUGAUUUUCAAGUGAAGGGUAAUUAAUUGAAAUAUUAGACUCGAGGUCAGAUCAAGCACGACAUUUUCUUAUAGUUGGGAGUAUUUUUAAUCACAUGUGCUUGUACAAAAUUGAUAGGUAUCAAGAAGUCUGUACAAUAAUAAAUACUUAUUCGAAAAAAAAUAUA